AUGAUAAUGAUCUAUUAUUAUAUUAUUAUCCAUGUUACAUGUUAUCGUGUUCUUGAUUCGAGUCAAAAAAAAAAAAAAAACUCAAACUUUGGAUGAUGAGGCAGACUUCAGAGUAUAAUAAAUAACCCACGAAAGUCCAAACCAAGCAAAGCACCCAACCCAACCAAAAUAUCAGUGGAGACUUGAGAGCAGAGUAGAAUAGUGAUCGGAAGGAAGGAAAAUGGGUAUUUCCCCCAUCUUGAAUUUAAUACGCGGUGGCUCCGCCGCCAAAAGACUUCUCUUUGCAUCGUCAUCGUCGUCGUCAUUAGCAGCAGCAGCAUAUGUGAAUGUGGGUAUUGUUUUGGGUAGUAGAUCAUUAUCAUCGUCCUCCUUGGUGGGUCAUACGACUACGACUGAUAAUAAUCAGAAUCACAAUCACCACAAUCACAAUCAGAAUAGCAGAAACGGCAGAUGGUAUCAUUCGGCGGGAGCAGGGCUGCCGUCGUACAUGCGCGCCGCCGUGUUCAGGGAACCAAAUAAGCCACUCGCCCUGGAGGAAUUCCACAUCCCUCGCCCCAAAUCCGGUGAACUUCUCAUCAAAACCAAAGCUUGCGGAGUUUGCCACUCUGAUCUCCAUGUCAUGAAAGGUGAAAUUCCAUUUUCUACCCCCUGUGUCGUGGGGCAUGAAAUAACUGGUGAGGUUGUUGAACAUGGACCCCUUACGGACACCAAAAUUGCCGAAAGGUUUCCAAUUGGAUGUCAUGUUGUUGGAGCUUUUAUCAUGCCUUGUGGCAAUUGUUCCUUCUGUUCCAAGGGCCACGACGAUUUAUGCGAAGACUUCUUUGCUUACAACCGUGCAAAAGGAACCCUUUACGAUGGUGAGACUAGGCUGUUCCUCCGUAGUAGUGGACAACCAAUAUUCAUGUAUAGUAUGGGGGGUCUUGCCGAGUUCUGUGUUGUGCCAGCCCAUGGACUGACUAUUUUACCGGAUUCAUUGCCAUAUACGGAGUCUGCAAUUUUAGGCUGUGCAGUAUUUACUGCUUAUGGUGCAAUGGCUCAUGCGGCUGAGGUGCGACCUGGAGAUUCUGUUGCAGUGAUUGGAAUAGGAGGUGUUGGCUCUAGUUGUUUGCAGAUAGCAAGAGCAUUUGGUGCUUCUGAUAUAAUUGCUGUGGAUGUCCACGACGAAAAACUGCAAAAAGCUAAGAUUUUUGGUGCUACUCAUGCUAUAAAUGCAUUGAAAGAAGAUGCUGUUGAAAAGAUAAGAGAAAUAACUGGUGGAAAAGGAGUUGACAUCGCAGUGGAAGCCCUUGGGAAACCAAAGACAUUUUUGCAAUGCUUCGAAAGCGUUAAAGAUGGAGGGAAAGCUGUAAUGAUUGGACUUUCACAAGCCGGUGCAGUUGGGGAAGUAGAUAUAAACCGUCUUGUUCGUAGAAAGAUAAAAGUGAUUGGAUCUUAUGGGGGAAGGGCAAGGCAGGAUCUUCCAAAGCUGGUGAGACUGGCAGAAACAGGUAUAUUCAAUCUUAAGGAUGCUGUUUCUAGAAGGUAUAAGUUCGAGGAGGUCGACAGGGCAUUCCAGGAUCUUAACCAAGGCGCCAUUGUUGGCCGAGCCGUGGUUGAGAUAAUGUAGUUGUCUUCUUAUCUUCUUCGCCUUUAUACGGAGGCACAACUCCCUAACUACUCUCUUGUGUUUCACCAAAAAAAAAAAAAAAGGGUUUUUAUGUAACCAAACCAGGUUUCGGAUGUUACUUUUAAUCCUUGUCUCUUGCCCUUUAGGAAUGAGGGUUCUGGAACUGGGGCUACGUAUAGCCUCGUGUUUGCACUGCAAUAAGUUAUAAGUUCGGUUGGAUUUAAAAGGGGGGGAAAAAUGGUUGAAUAAAGAGUAUAUUCGUUCUGUCA